UAACUCACAAACACACCAAUGUCAGACCUCAAGUGGGCACUUCAGAACGGCGAGCUCGACACUGUCAAGAAGCUCAUCGCCGAGCAGAAGGUCGAUGUCAACGGCGACCUCGCGGGACGCAAGCCGCUCCACUAUGCCGCCGAUUACGGCCAGGUUGAGGUUCUCGAGUACCUCGUUUCGCAGGGCGCCAACGUCAACAGCGUCGACAAGCACGGCAUUGCCCCGCUGCUCGCUGCGAUCUGGGAAGGCCACACCGAGGCCGUCAAGUUCCUCAUCUCCAAGGGUGCAGACAAGGACGGCAAGACCCCGCAAGGCGACACCUAUUACAAGGCGGCCGAGAAGGACGAGAUCCGCGAGCUGUUUGAAUAAAAGCUGCACAUUCAUGAAAGGCCGUUCGACACGGCCCGUCUUGCUGGUCUUUUCUCAUUCAUCUUUGCAUUGCAUUCUCGUUGCACAGUCGUCCAUGCUUGUUUUCCUUGCCCUUGUUUUGAUGUUGUAUCGCGCUCAAUGUCGACGUCGUGAUUGAACGCCCAUUUUUUUUUU